AACCCUCGGUUACGAUCGUCCUGGCUACUACGAUUUCGUUUACACUAGGUCAACAAACUGAUAAAAUUUUCACUUGCCAGUCGAAAAUAUUAAAAAUUACCCGGAUUUACAGUAACAGUUAUACAAAUGUCGAGAAAAGUUAGAAAAAUCAAACUAAAAGCUAAAAGAAACAUCGAAGAUGUUCCUUUUUACAAGUUUGUGUAUCAUAGAGAUGAACUACCGCUGGAUCCAGCGAGAAGCUUCAUCGAGGAACAAAUUUCAAAAAUCAACGUAAUUAAGCCGGCUUGCUUCAGCAAGGAUUACAGUCUUCACCGCUACCCCCGGGGUGAUGGCCAAGGUCUACGGGAGCUUCUACUUCCGGAAAAGUUAUCAUCUAUCGAAACGGCAGAGUACCUCCCGUCCGGAGUCUGUUCGCUGUCCCCCCUGGAUAAGCGCCUACCGGACGUCACCACCGAGCUGGUAAAACUUUACAAAGAUUUGCGAUUGAAAAUUUUCCACGACCUAGCCCUCACCAAGCCCGUCCUGCUGGGGAACGAGUUCUUCCGUCGUUACGGCCGAGUGAAUCAAGAUGGCCGCCGCAAGCUGCCUGCAAUACGCCGCAAGAGGCGACCACCGAAAAAGUUUCACUUCGAUGAGUUCGCCUAUCGCACCCCGGAGGAAAAUGAUGAAGCACUGCUGCGCAUCCAGCGCCAUCUGGAUCGCAUGAUUGCGAAAAGCAUUCGCGAGGCGGAAAAGCGCCGCCAGCAGAAGGAGGAACAGGCCCGCCGACCGCAAUUUUGCACAUCCUCAUCAACUUCGUCGACAUCUUCGCGACGGGGCAACCCAAAUGUAUAUCCCACCAAAGUUAAACGAAAGCGGUUGACUAACGAGCAGUACAUCAAAAAACUAAAGGUGGAUGAAAGCGUCAAACUGAAAUACCUUCAAGCUCUGCUUCCGGUUCAUCCCGAUGAACAGAAACAGAAAAUCCUUCAAAAAUACGAAAUGCGCUACACAGAAGCAAUCAACAAUUUUGACGAAAAUAUGCGCCAGCGAACGCUGAACGUACUCGACGAAUUGUCCGUCGAAAAAAUCGAGCACUAUCCAUCUCAUCUAAUUAAAAAGAUUCUGCCCCGCAUUGACCACCGUAUUACGUACUUGAAGCAAGCCCACAAAUUCAUUCUGGAGGAGGAAAAACUGUGGCCCAACAUAUAUCCAGAGGUUAUCCUGUUGGACUACAUAUUCGACCCUGAGCACAAUGUUCACCGAGAUCAAGCCGUUUACCUUACCAUCCUAUUGAUGGAUUUACAAGAAGACUACCGCUAUCAUGUAAAACGAUCGUUCGUCCGGUACAUCCUUCGCUCUGAAGACGAACGAAAGCGUCUGCAACUUGCUGUUGAGCCCCCAGCGUUUCCGAUCGCCACUCUUAUCGCUCCGGUUCCUUGGAAAUGCUCGAUACAAGUGGCCAAGAAUCGCCUCGAGGAGGUCCUCAUGGUUAACCAUCCAGUAUUGCAAGCAAUCAACCUGCUGUGGCAUAAACUGUAUGGGAAUCUUUUGGUGGUAGAUGCGGCAAAAUUUUACAGCACAGACAUUCCAAUGCACGCGGAUAAGAUUACGGAGACCAUUCACAACAGUUGUCGCAUUACUCGCGAUAUCCUAAUAAACGACUGGAUGCCACGAGUCGCGGAUUUGGUUGAUGUCAUGCGUAAGUACUGGAAAGAUCUGGUGCCGCGUAACUCGACCCACGGUGGUCGAGGAACGAUCUUCUUCAACUGUAUUCACGCAUUGACAUCGUACCAUUUGCAAGGCUUGAUUAAGAAAAGUCUGGACCAUUUGGUAGAAGCGUUGGAAGCUUACCGUGGAGGCGAUGCUCCAUCCGGGACGCAGUCUGGGAAGCUCAAAAUGAAACCAUUUAUGACGCUCAAUGUAUCGGUUGUCGGCAAACCGGAUACGGAAAUCGAGAAAAAUACGGAGAAGAGUGAUCUGUCUUUGUACGAAGCGGACGAUGAUGAUCCAAGUUUGCUGACAUCAGAAUCGACCGAUGAUCCAAUGACAACAGCGGUCGAAGAGAGGAGAACCUCAUUUAUAAUGCGAAGCAGUGGCAAAAUAAUUAUAUAUCCUUACAUGGAAGAGCUGCCAGACCUUUUCAAAAGUUAUUUCGUCAAGAUUCUGAAGGUGGGAUACAAAAUCCCUCGAUUGGAGUAUUACUUGACGCAGGAUAAGAAACAGCUGGGAUAUUUACACUACAUACGAGAUGAUAACGCUGACAUGGAGAAGCUGUACGACCGAGUAAAGAGUAUUGUAAUUGCGAAUCAAACAGGUCCAACCAUAUAUCUCUAUCCGAUGUAUGAGUACUAUUUUCCGGUUCUUGCCAAUAAGAUGAAAGUCAUUACAGAGAGCAUCUUCUCACAAAGAGAACUUCCAUCAUUGGAAAUAUUCAAAGAUCUUGUCGAUAAAUUCACAGAACUGAUUCAUGGCAUCUAUUUCCUACGUGAUUUCAUUCCACUGAACUUGUUUAUGCUGGACAACAGUCGACUAAACCGAGUUCUUGAAAAUCUGGUCAAAGAGUUGAAAGCCUUCGUUAUCAACUACUUCAUCACUUUAAACCAAGUAGAAAAUCGCAGAAUAAGCGACGAAUUUGAAGACAUGUCCCUGCAUGCCGGCGAACGUCCGAAAGAAACUCCGGAAGUGGUUGCCCUUCAAAAUUAUCUUACGCAGUGCCGCGAAGAGCGAAUGUACCAACUAAAGACCGAGAUCAAGCAAGUCGCGCAGCGUGUUCUCUUCCUCCUGACCUACGCCAUACUUGAUCGUAAUAUGCGGGAUCCUCGAUUGGUUCGGGAGAAGUACACCCUACUGAUGCUAGGCUUUAUAUUUCCAGCCGAAGACAUCAACCUGAAUUCGCGUCUGUUCCUGUGGCCCCAGGAGCUGGAGAAAGUGCUUGAUCUCAGCGGUGCCCGUCUUGCGGUGGUACGCGACAAUCUUGAAACGGCACUACGUGAACGGCGCGGUAAAUUUGAGCUCUAUCUGAAUACGGAAAAGAAAAAAAUGGACCACUUCCGGACACGCGAGAUACGCGAAAUGCUCUCACUGGACGAUCUACGCGAAAAGGUCGACACGGUUGAUGGUUUGAUGAAGAUUCUGGAGAAAUGCAGCAAAGAAGCUAAAGAGAUUAAUCUAGAGGAGAACCUCCUUCAAAUUGAUCUUUCGUAUUUCCCGGCAUUGAACGAAAUGAUAGAAAGAAUGGCACCAAUCGAAAAGCUUUGGCAUACUGCCUACAAGUUUGACUCGUGCCACGAAGUAUGGUAUUUCGGUCCAUUCAAGGAACUGGACGCCACGAUUAUCAGCAAUGCGGUCGAUGAAAUGUUCCACGCUAUCAGUGUUCUACUGAAAGAGUUAUCCGGAAGUCCACAAGCGAAGCGUGUGGCUGAACAGAUUCGUAUGAAGAUCGACAAGUUCAAAAUUUAUCUUCCCAUAUUGGAAGCUAUCUGCCGGCAGGGGCUUUGUGAGCGCCACUGGACGCAGAUAUCCGAGGAACUGGGGCAAGAGGUAAAUCCAGCGGUUCAAAAUUCCCUUGGUCUGAUGGUCGACAUCGAUGUGAUGAAGAUCCAAAGCCGGCUGGAAGAAAUUUCCAACGCAGCUGGAAAGGAAUACGAGCUGAACAUACAGCUGGUGAAUAUGCAGGAGGAAUGGGUUGACGUGAAAUUUGUGUGCGUCCAGUAUCGUGAUUCGGACAUGUCCAUACUAUCAUCGGUAGACGAUAUCCAAACCCUGCUAGACGAUCACAUUUUGAAGGCGCAAGCGAUGCGAGGCUCGCCUUACAUCGCGGCGCUGGGCACCAAAGCCAACAAUUGGGAAGACAAACUCAUUUCUAUGCAAGAUAUCAUCGAUACGUGGCUGCAAGUUCAAGCUACCUGGAUGUACCUCGAGCCUAUCUUCAGUUCCGAAGAUAUCAUGCGCCAGAUGCCCACCGAAGGGCGGCACUUCAAGUCCGUCGACAAGAUAUUCCGCAAACUCAUGCGCCACACGAUCGCCGAUCCACACGUUAUCCAAGCGACGGACUUUCCGGAUCUCUUGAACGUUCUAAGAACUGCAUUGAAAGACCUGGAGGAUAUUCAGCGUGGCUUAAAUCUGUACUUGGAGAAGAAGCGACUAUAUUUUGCGCGAUUCUUCUUUCUCUCCAAUGACGAAUUGCUGGAGAUACUAUCCGAGACGAAAGAUCCGAUGCGAGUACAGCCUCAUAUGAAGAAAUGUUUCGAAGGGAUCAAUUCGUUGCAGUUUGACACGCAGAUGGAAAUCACGACAUUCACCUCGGCUGAGCAAGAACAGAUUCCCUGUACGAGAAAGAUCAAUCCGGCUUCCGCUAAUGGCUUAGUGGAAAAAUGGCUUAAAGAGGUAGAGGUCGUAAUGUUGGAGAGUGUCAAGGAACAGAUUUGGCAGUCGUACGAAUCGUAUCUUAAGGAUCCCCGAAAGGUUUGGGUACUAAACUGGCCUGGUCAGGUAGUGCAAGUGGUUUCCUGUUUGAAAUGGACCGAAGAAGCAGAAGAAGCCAUUAAAGAUGAUAAGCUUGUGGAUUAUUCCAAAAAAUGCACAACUCAGAUUGGCGACCUUGUUGAUUUAGUGAGAGGAAAUCUCAGUACCGGAGAAUCCAUCACAAUUGAAGCAUUGAUCGUGGUUGAUGUUCAUGCUCGUGACAUCAUAGACCUUUUGGUUAAGAAAAAUAUUGCAGACACGGGAGAUUUCAAUUGGUUUUCACAACUUCGCUACUACUGGAGAAUUGACGAUGAUGAUAAGCAGAGUUAUGUCUCCUGUAGUAUGGUUACAACAGAUCUUAAAUACGGCAUGGAGUAUCUUGGAAAUACGGGACGCUUGGUUACUACUCCGCUGACCGACCGCUGCUUCCGAACAUUGAUGGGAGCAUUCAAGCUCAAUCUUGGUGGUGCACCCGAGGGACCUGCUGGCACCGGCAAAACUGAAACCUGCAAGGACUUGGCAAAAGCUGUGGCUAAAAAAUGCGUAGUGUUCAACUGCUCUGAUGGCCUGGACUACAAGGCACUCGGAAAGUUCUUCAAGGGCUUGGCACAGUCCGGUUCAUGGGCCUGUUUUGAUGAGUUCAAUCGAAUUGAACUGGAAGUGCUUUCAGUAGUUGCUCAGCAGAUUCUAACCAUUCAGCGUGCGAUUGCUGGAAAGGUCGUCAAGUUUGUUUUCGAAGAAACUUCUCUCAAAUUGGAUCCUACGUGUAACAUUUUCAUUACCAUGAAUCCAGGCUAUGCCGGUCGUACAGAACUGCCUGACAAUUUGAAGGUGCUCUUCCGAACGGUAGCCAUGAUGGUGCCGGACUACGCAAUGAUCGGCGAGAUUACACUCUACUCAAAUGGAUUUGAUGAUGCCCGAGUACUGGCCCAGAAAAUCGUUCACACCUAUAAACUAUGCUCGGAGCAGUUAUCGUCACAGUCCCAUUAUGACUACGGAAUGCGAGCUGUAAAAUCGGUCCUAACAGCAGCCGGAGCCCUCCGACGCGCACAGCCGGAAUUGUCGGAAGCUCAAAUUGUGUUGAGAGCCAUAAUCGAUGUGAACCUUCCGAAGUUCUUGCAGCAGGAUAUAUCACUUUUUGAAGGUAUUUACAAAGAUCUUUUCCCUGGCGUUGAGCUACCACCGCCAGCACGCGAGGAUAUAGUUCGAUUGCUUCUGAUUGAACUCAUUAAACGUAAGUUGCAACCCACUCCAUGGUUCAUUGAUAAGGUUAUGCAAAUCUACGAAAUGUUGUUGGUCCGUCAUGGUCUGAUGAUUGUGGGAGAUUCUAUGGGCGGUAAGACGACAGCAUAUCAGGCUCUAGCCGAAACGCUGCGAGAAUUGCGCAGAGAGAAAGGCCCUUUGUCCGAAGAACAGGGCGUGGUCUAUAGGAUCAUCAAUCCGAAAGCAGUUUCCAUGGGCCAGCUGUACGGAAGUUUUGAUCCGGCUUCACAUGAAUGGUCCGACGGCGUUUUAGCCAAUACAUUCCGUGAAAUGGUUUAUACCUGCAGCUUGGAGCGACAGUGGAUCAUAUUCGAUGGACCCGUUGAUGCAGUUUGGAUUGAGAACUUGAACACUGUUUUGGAUGACAAUCGAAAGCUCUGUUUAAUGUCUGGAGAGAUCAUUCAAAUGACUAAGUACAUGAACUUGAUGUUUGAGCCAGUCGAUUUGGAACAAGCAUCCCCAGCUACGGUUUCACGUUGUGGCAUGAUCUAUAUGGAACCAUCACAGCUUGGAUGGAUAGCUCUACAUAAAUCCUAUUUGCUGUAUCUAGAGGAAAAGGGAGUUAAUGAAAUCAACAUUGGUCUUUUUGAACAACUCUCCGAAUGGCUGAUUCCUCCUGCACUUCAUUGGUUGAACACCAUAGGAACUGUGCUGAAGAUGUCUGAAAUGCAUCACUACUCUAUUUUCUCGUCAUUCUUUUCCAUAUUUCUUUCUCGAACUAACAACUAUAAUCAAGUGUGGUUCCAGCAAAUCUUCCUAUUUUGUUAUGCUUGGGCGUAUUUUUCAACUGUUACAAUCGAAGGAAGGAGGAAAAUCGACCAGUUGCUGAGAAAAAUUCUCUACGGGGCAAAUGAAGAUCAUCCGAAGCCCAAGCACUUCUCGCUGAAUCGAGGUCAAAUGUAUCCAGAGAAGAUGAACUUUUUAGAUUACCGUUUUGAUGAACAGGAAACCUGGUGGCCUUGGCUGAAAUCGGAAGAGCUAACUCUGCCAGAAAGCUGCAUCGUAUCCGAACUAAUGAUUCCUACAAAGGAGACCGGGUACAUUUUGUAUUGGACGGAAAUGUGUGUAGCCGCAGGAAUCCCCAUUCUCCUAGUGGGUCCAACCGGUACAGGCAAGAGUGCCACCAUUGCAAAUUAUAUUCGCGAGCUGCCAAAAACUAAGUUCAUCUCCAACAUAAUCAAUUGUUCGGCUAGAAGCACUGCCCAACAGAUGCAAGAUACGAUAAUGUCCAAAUUGGAUCGACGUAGGAAGGGGGUCUACGGACCUCCCGUUGGAAAAGAGUGCGUCAACUUUAUUGAUGACGUAGCUAUGCCCGCUCGAGACGAAUACGGCUCGCAGCCGCCACUUGAAUUGAUCCGCCAGUGGUUGGAUCACAGAAUAUGGUCUGAUCUACGCGAUACUUCCAAGAUCGAACUGAUUGAUCUGCUAUUUGUAGGUGCAAUGGGUCCAAUAGGUGGUAGCAAUUUUAUUCCACAACGUUUGUACCGUCACAUGCUGGUCCUCUCGGUAGACUCAUUUGAAGACAGUACUCUGCUACGAAUUUUCUCCGAAAUAGGAGAAUGGCAUUUCUCCAAAGGAUUUCCUGAACCAGUUUCACGAUUGUGCAAAAACCUUUGCCAAGCGGUCGUAUCAGUCUACCGAGGAGCUAUUGCGAACUUCCUUCCAACCCCAGCUAAGUCACAUUACUUAUUCUCACUACGAGAUGUCACAAGAAUCUAUCAAGGCAUCGUGAUGGUACCGGCAAAACGGCUUCCCGAUCCGGAAAAACUUGUACGGCUCUGGGCACACGAAACGUAUCGUGUAUUCUAUGAUCGGUUGAUUGAUGACAGUGAUAAACAAACUUUGUUACGCUUGGUAGACGAGGCAUCGAACAGCCAACUACGGAUGAAGCUGGAGACUGCAUUCGGAGAUAGACUGGAGAGUGGUAAACGAGUCAGUGACAGACACAUGCGUGAUUUGCUAUUUGGAAAUUACAUGGAGCCGGAUGCUGUUAACCGUGUGUAUGAUGAAGUUGAUAACUGGGCGAAACUUGAGAAGAAUAUGAACUUCUACCUAAGUGAAUACAAUGCUCAGUCGAAGUCGCCAAUGAAUCUUGUGUUGUUCAGAUUUGCCAUCGAACAUGUAUCACGUAUUUCUCGAGUUCUACAGAUGCCUCGUGGUCAUUUGUUGCUUGUAGGACUCGGAGGAGCAGGCAGACGAAGUUCUGUAAAACUGGCGGCUAAUAUGGCGGAUGCAACCGUAUUUCAAGUCGAGGUGACUAGGAGUUACUCGAUGAAUGAGUGGAGGGAAGACAUGAAGAAAUUACUAAUGAACGCUGGAAACGAAGGCAAACCGACCGUAUUUUUGUUCAACGACUCCCAAGCAAAAGAAGAAGCAUUUGUGGAGGAUAUUAAUUCUUUGCUAAAUACUGCUGACAUUCCAAACUUGUUCCAAACUGAUGAAAAAGCAGUCAUACUGGAACAAAUGCAAACAAUCGUCAGACAAACCAACAAACCCAUAGACUCUACGGCUCUGUCACUGUACAACUUCUUCGUAGAAAGAGUUCGCGAAAACCUUCACAUCGCCUUGGCCUUCUCACCGAUAGGAGAUUCCUUCAAAAAACGCGUUCGAAUCUAUCCAUCACUAAUCAACUGCUGCACUAUCGACUGGUUCACUUCAUGGCCUGACGAUGCUCUACAAAAGGUUGCUGAAAAUUUCAUACGGUCAAUGGAGUUGGAUCAAGAAUCCCCGUCAUCGUCCGAACCUUCGGCAACUUCACUCCAAAAAGAGGAGGAGGAAACUGAAAAGCUAAAGUCUCGGAAACUCAAUAGCCUCGAGAGGAAGCUUGUAGAGCUAGUGAUGGUGUUCAAUCGCGGAGUUGUUGAAAACUCUGAACGAUUCUUCUUAGAACAAGGACGAAAGAACUACGUUACCCCCACAUCAUAUUUGGAGAUGCUGCGAUCCUUCAACACACUCUACCGCAAAAAGUAUACGGAAAUUAUAUCGCAACGCGACCGAUAUACUGUCGGUUUGGAAAAGUUGGACUUCGCCGCUGGUCAGGUGUCGGUAAUGCAGGACCAACUGAAGGGUCUCCAACCACAGUUGAAGCAGACUUCGGACGAAACGGAAAAGAUCAUGGUGAACAUCGAACGCGAAACGGCAGAUGCCGAAAAGAAAAAGGAAAUUGUCGGAGCGGACGAAACGGCUGCCAACGAGGCAGCCGCAUCAGCACAAGCAAUCAAGGACGAUUGUGAAAGCGAUCUACAGGAAGCGGUUCCAGCACUGGAAGCAGCACUCACGGCGCUGGAUACGCUCAAACCGGCUGACAUUACCGUUGUCAAGUCGAUGAAGAAUCCGCCGUCUGGAGUGAAACUGGUGUUGGAAGCGGUUUGUGUUAUCAAGGGUAUCAAACCCGAUCGCAAAACGGACCCAUCUGGGAAGGUACUCGAAGAUUUCUGGGGCCCAUCGCAAAAGAUGUUGGGCGAUCUCAAGUUCUUAGAUAGUCUAAAGACCUUCGACAAGGAUAACAUUCCAAUUCCAGUCAUGAAAAAGAUUCGCGAUGUAUAUAUCGCUGAUCGGGAGUUCGUUCCGGAGAAGAUCAAAAACAUCUCGAUGGCCUGUGAGGGUCUCUGCCGAUGGGUACGGGCGAUGGAGAUCUACGAUCGAGUGGCGAAAAUCGUCGCCCCCAAGAAGGUCGCCCUGGCCGGGGCCGAAGCGGAGCUCGCUGCACAGAUGGAGAAGCUCAAUGCCAAACGGGCCGAACUGCAGGAAAUUUUGGACAAGCUGCAGAAAUUGAAUGAUUUCUUCGCAGAGAAGUCCCGGGAGAAAAAACGAUUGGAGGACGAGAUUGACAGCUGCGAGAAGAAGUUGAUCCGCGCAGAACAGCUGAUCGGUGGACUGGGCGGCGAGAAAAAACGUUGGUCAGAGUGCGCGGAGAGCCUGCACAAGUCACUAACAAAUGUAAUUGGUGACGUUUUGCUGGCAGCGGGCUGCAUCGCCUAUCUGGGAUGCUUUUCGAUGGAAUUCCGAAGCAGCAUUAUCGAAGAAUGGAACGAAAUCACCAAGCAGAAAAAAAUAGAAUGUUCAGACAAAUUUUCGCUUCUUACAACUCUGGGUAACCCUAUGGAGAUACGCAGUUGGUCACAAUGGGGACUACCAACCGAUAAUUUCUCAGUGGAGAACGGAAUCAUUGUCAAAAAUGCUCGACGUUGGCCUUUAAUGAUAGACCCGGAAGGGCAAGCUAACAAAUGGGUAAAGAACAUGGAGAAAGAGAACAAUCUUAAAAUUAUCCAGCAAAUGGAUCCAAACUAUAUGCGUAUCGUGGAAAAUGCGUUGAUCAAUGGUUACCCCGUGUUGCUUGAAAACGUCGGUGAAACAAUUGAUUCUGGACUCAAUUCGAUUCUUGAGAAAAAUGUAUUCCGUCAAAAAGGUGCCAACCUGAUCAAAUUCGGCGAUGGCUUAGUCGAGUACAACGACAAUUUCCGUUUCUAUAUUACAACUAAUUUGAGAAAUCCUCAUUAUCUACCAGAAACAGCAGUCAUGGUAACACUAAUGAAUUUUAUGAUCACGGAACAAGGUCUACGUUCGCAGUUAUUGGGAACAGUCAUCAUCAAAGAACGGCCAGAUCUACAAGAAAAGAAAGAAUCGCUCAUAAUCGAAUCCGCGCAAAAUCAAGAGGCUCUUUACAAUGCUGAAGCGAAAAUCUUACAAGUUCUUUCUUCAUCCGAGGGUAACAUCCUGGACGAUGAGAAUGCGAUUAAUAUACUCACCUCCAGCAAACAGCUUUCGGAAGAGAUUCAGGCCAAACAAAUAGUGGCCGUAGCCACCGAAGCGGAAAUUGAUGCCGCUCGACAGCUCUAUAUUCCAGUUGCCCGCCACUCAGCGGUUCUAUUCUUCUGCACCACUGAACUUGCUAACAUUGACCCCAUGUAUCAGUUCAAUCUGACAUGGUUUCUGAACAUAUUCGUUCAAACGAUUAUCAAGGCUCCAAAAUCGGACAGUUUGGAUGAGCGUUUGCAGCUGCUAAUCGAUUACUUCACCAAGGCAAUAUACAACAACGUCUGUCGAUCACUGUUCGAAAAGGACAAACUCAUGUUUUCCUUCGUUCUUUGCUCGGGAAUCCUACGCGGAGAGGGCAAAAUAGACGUUAACGAACUAUCAUUCCUGUUGACGGGAGGUCUGGCGCUAGAUAACCCCUAUCCAAAUCCCGCCCCAGAGUGGCUCACAGAUAAAGCAUGGACCGAUCUUGUCCGAGCAAGUUCACUCAAAUCAUUGAACAAGCUUCGUGAAAGCUUCACCGAAAAUCUAGACGAAUGGAAAUCAUUCUACAACCUGAGCGAUCCGGAAAGGAAUGAACUACCGAAACCAUAUCAGGCGCAAGAUGAUUUGGUCAAACUCAUCGUGCUGAAGUGCCUUCGUCCGGAUAAGGUCGUGCCAGCGUUGCAGAGAUUUAUCAUUAUGAAAGUUGGGCAAUCCUACAUCGAACCUCCUCAGUUCAACCUUCGCACAUCCUACGAAGACAGCUCCCCACGAAUUCCACUUGUUUUUAUGCUGUCGCCAGGAUCGGACCCAAUGGACAGUUUGCUGACCUUUGCCAGCGAGAAGUACAUGGGCGACGACUGUCGCGUGAUUUCUCUCGGUCAAGGACAAGGCCCCAAAGCUACCAAAACAAUCCUCGAUGCCAUUAAGCUUGGUCAAUGGGUCAUACUACAGAACUGUCACGUUGCGGAAUCUUACAUGGAUGAACUGGAGAAGUUGGUCACGGAUGGGAGCCUCUAUGAACAAGUGCAUACCAAAUACCGCCUCUGGUGCACGUCAUAUCCGAGCAAGAAAUUCCCUGUCUCGAUUUUGCAAAACAGUGUCAAAAUGACCAACGAAGCUCCGAAGGGAUUGAAGCUCAAUAUGAUGCGGGCAUAUAAUUCGGAACCACUCAGCACUGAAGCCUUUCUGGAUGACGCGUUCCACGGUGACGUUGUGCGGGUAUGGACGCGGGGUGUCUUUUCAUUGGUGUUUUUCCACGCGGUCGUUCAGGAGCGCUGUAAGUUCGGUCCGCUCGGCUGGAACAUAUCGUACGAGUUCAACGAGUCUGAUCUCAAGAUUUCUCUGAUGCAGUUAAAGCUGUUCCUACAUCAGAACUCGUACAUUCCGUUCGAAGGGCACAUCUAUCUGACGGGCGAGUGCAACUACGGUGGACGCGUAACCGAUGACAAAGAUCGUCGUCUAUUGAUGGCUCUGCUGAAUCGUAUCUACAACCAGGAUACGAUUGAUCAAGAUGGGUACACACUUUCCGAAUCCGGUAACUAUCGGGUUCCGAUCAACCCCGUCAAGGAGAUGACCUUGGAGUACCUAUCGACAUUGCCACUAACAGCCCAUCCGGAGGUGUUUGGUUUGCAUGAGAAUGCUGACAUCACUCGAAAUAUCGAGGAAACUAAUUCGCUAUUAGAACGAGUUCUUCAAACCCAAACACAGCUUUCGGCUGGUAAAUCUACAGGAAGUCGAGACGAGCAAGCCAUCGAUCCUGUGUUGUUGAUUUGCUCUGAAGUGAUGAAGAAGCUGCCGGAGUCAUUUGAUGUGGAGGCGACGGCUGAGAAAUUCCCAAUUCUCUACAUGAACUCGAUGAACACUGUUCUGCGACAGGAGCUAACUCGUUUCAAUCGUCUACUGAGCUUCAUAAAAAUGAGCCUGAUAGAUGUUCAGCGGGCAAUCCAAGGACAAAUAAGCAUGAUUCCAGAAUUGGAACGGGUGUAUCGAUCGAUGAGCAUUGGGAAAGUGCCACAGGCGUGGCUUUCGAAGAGUUAUCCCUCGUUGAAGCCUUUGGGUAGCUAUGUGAAUGAUUUCGUACAAAGACUGUCAUUUUUCCAGCACUGGAUCGAAGAUGGAGAGCCGAAAGUUUAUUGGAUCAGUGGAUUCUACUUCACUCAAUCGUUUUUGACCGGUGUCAUGCAGAAUCAUUCUAGGAAAAAUAAGUUGCGUAUAGAUGAUUUGGUGAUGUCAUUUGAGGUGACUAAGUUUGAAUCGGAGGAUAAAAUUCAAAAACGUGCAGAGGUCGGUUGUUUCGUAAGGGAUCACCGGGGUAAAAAUGAGGAUUUCGUCACAUUCGACGGUUUGUUCCUGGAGGGCGCCCGCUGGAACAGAGAACUGAAGUGUCUUGAUGAAUCCAUGCCACGAGUGUUGUUCGAUACACUGCCCAUCGUUUCGAUGACUCCGACGCCGAAGACACGCAAAUCCGCGCAGGAGCACUACCAAUAUGAAUGUCCAAUCUACAAAACUAGCGAGCGACGCGGAGUUUUAUCCACGACUGGUCACUCAACCAACUUUGUAAUGUUCCUCGACUUGAACAGCGAGCAGCCUCCGGAACACUGGACACUACGAGGAGCGGCGUGUCUCUGUCAGUUAGAUGAUUAAUUCUUUGAUACUAUAAAAACACAAAUGCAUUUGAUACUAUGUCGUUUACAUCCUUAUAUGAAGACUGUUUUUAUGAGUGAGUUUGGAUUUCUACUUAUACACAUAUAAUACCCACAUUCGAAGACUGUGUGCAAUUUUUUACUAUAAAAGAUGAUUUCACUGAUACUAGAAAUACUAUCUCCUUCAUUCAAAACAAA